AUGCCCGCCCCCCCUGCUUCGGGACAGGCGUACACCGCCCCCGCGUCCACGCCUAAGCAGACGCAGCAGGUCGGCACGGCUGGAAACGUGCCUGUCGAGAAGCCCGUUGGUGGUCUUCGAGCUGGAACUGCCGAGCUCCUCGAGCUCCUCGAGCUCCUCGAGCUCCGCAACUUGCAUGACGACAUGGCGGGUAAGUUUCCUUAUUCACCAGGAGUCAAGCUGACAGACAGUAUUGUCGGUUUCGUGAGUCGCCUGACCACCCCUCUUCAAUAUCGACAACCCCCCUUCCCAAGCUUCAUCACCCACGCGAUCCCAGCUAACCCCCAGCUCCUCGGCUUCUCCGCCGCGACCGGCCUGGGCAUCUACUACCUGCAGCAGGACACGAAGGAGGCGCAGGGUCUCCUGACCUCGAGCGUCGAGGAGCUCACGCGCGACACGCAGCGCAUCACGACGCACCUGGACCGUUUGCAGACGACGGAGAAGGACCUCGUCGCGCUGAAGAAGGAGGCGGCGACGAAGGACGAUCUCGUCAAGCUUAGGGCGGAGCUGAAGAAGGCUUGUGACUCGCUCCACCUCGAGAACCUCGACCUCCGCGCGCACGUCUGGGGUAUCGAGCAGGACCUGCAGAAGGUCGCCAAGGAGGGUGAGUGGUAG